AUGGCCCUGGAGCCUGGGCGACAAUCUGAUCCAGCACACCUGCAACAGCAGUCGACCGGGCAAUCGUUCCUUCAACCUCCUUCGGCGAGAAAUAAUGGGUUCAGUUGGCCGAAUCUUCCGGACUACAUCAAACCUCUACCUGUGUCUCUCGACUCAGACGACAUCGAAUAUCUCCAGAAAAAGGGCGCAUUCACGCUUCCUGAUCGCCCGUUAAUGGAGGAGUGUCUUCGAUGUUACGCUCUUUACAUACACCCACUAUAUCCCACAGUGAAUGUUAUUGAGAUUCAAUCAAUACUCAAUGAUGACAAAGAUGGUGAAGCUAUAAGCUUACUUUUACUUCAAUCUCUCAUCUUUGCUGGUAGUAUGUGGGCAGAUGUUCGACUGGUCCGAAAUGCUGGUUUCCUAACUAGAAAGGCCUUUCGUCAAAGCUGGCAUCAAAAAAUUCGAUUACUUUAUGAUAUGGAUUAUGAAGAAGAUAGACACUGUCUCGUUCAGUCUCUAUUAUUAUGGUCCUUUUGGUGGAGAAGCAUUAACGAAAGAAAGGAUAGUUGGCACUGGAUCGGUAUCGCCUAUUCUAUUGCACGCACUGUUGAUCUACAUCAGGCGUCCCUCGGCGGGAUUAACGCAAGUUUAGCGCAGCGAAAACAUCAACGCCGCCUUUGGUGGGCGCUAUAUACACGCGAAAUCAUUGGGUCCCUUGGCAUGAUGCGUGCUCCUCGAAUCAAGCCGGGUGACUAUAAUGUUGCCAUGCUUUGUACAGAAGAUUUUGACUCUGACGAAGGGACAACUGAAGUUUUAACGGGGCUUUCACUUCCUUCAAAGGAGCAACAUCAAGCUCUAACGCGACUCACGAUUGACUUCACCAAACUGAUUUACAUCUUUGGUCGAAUCCUUACCACAGCAUGUCCUGAGAACGCGGCUGGGAGAACAGCGGUUCUUUAUUCUGCUCAGCAAAUGGAAGGCUCAAAUCAAGUGUUAUCUAAACGACAACUAAAUAUUGAAGAAUUAAAGAACUGUCAACAACAACUCAUGACAUGGAGACAAGAACUAGGGAGAGAUUUAUGGCGCGCUGAGAACCUGCCAUUCGAUCCACCCGCUUGGUCUAGAUCGGAACUAUGUCACCGAGGAUUACUGGCUAUGCUUUAUCAUCUAGCGUUGAUGACCAUUCAUCGACCACAAAUGUUGUCGACAGAAGAAUCCGUCACAAGCUCGCGCGCUAUCGUAAGAAGCUGCGCUCAAGAGAUCACCAAGAUCGCUAUGGAUUUCUUUCGAGCAGAUCUAAUUAAGUGUCUCUCAGCCACCGCGGUGAGUUGCUUAAUGCCGGCCAGUAUACACCAUGUAUUCGACACCUUUUCGGAAGAUAUCAAGGUCCGGAGUGAGGCUACUCGACAACUAGAGGAGUGUCGAGUCAUGUUGCACACCCUGUCGGAACAACAGUUUGCUUCUGCUUGGAUCCUGCAGACUAUCCAGCACAUUAUUGAUCGCAUUAAGGUACCUAGCCGCACCGAAAAAGUAUCAUGGCACCCACGUGUCACGGACAGUCGUGGCGUUGCAUCAUCAAGUUACGAUGAAUGUAUUACACCUCGAUCCAGGGGUGAAGUGUGUCCGGAAGGGUCAGCUACUGAUGAAGAUCAAACUCACAAUUUCCCCGAGUUCAGCACUGUCACUGAAGAUCCCGCCGUAAGAUCUCUCCCUGAUGUGAGAACAGCCAACGACUGCCCGGAGAGCAGAACAGUGUUAGAUGCUUGCAAUUCACGAGAAGAUUGGGCUGCAUCAUUCUGGAACGCACCUGAUGCUGGGCCAAUGGCACAGUUACCUUUACCAAGUGAUGCAUUGGUACCACUGCAACCUGACUUAGCCAAUACCGAAGCUCUUGCGGAUAUGUGGAUGGAUUUCGCUUUCGUUCCGGAUAACAUGUCGGGUUUGCCAGGUCUGUAA